AUGAUAUCGGAUCCAGAGGUGGCAAUACAUCUAAUUCGAGUCACACUCACCAGCCACAAGGUGAAGUCACUGGAGGUGUGUGCUGACUUGAUCAGAGGCACAAAGGAGAAAAAUCUGAAAGUUAAGGGACUGGUGCUCAUGUCUAUCAAGACACUGAGGAUCACUACAAGAAAAACACCUCGAGGUGAAGGUUCCAAGAUGUGGGAUCAUUUCCAAAUGAGAAUUCACAAGCGACUCAUUGACUUACACAGCCCUUCUGAGAUUGUUAAACAGAUUACUUCCAUCAGUAUUGAGUUAGGAGUGGAGGUUGAAGUCUCUAUUGCAGAUGCCUAA